GUUCGUUGCCUUUUCCGGUCUUCUCCCGGCAGCGGCAGUUACGUGCGUGCCAUCUUGUCCUACUGUUGCCGAAGAAACUCAGUUAGGAAGAUAGAUCUGCAAAGUAGGGUUUUGUGGGCCAUAAUCUGGUGCUAGGUUAUUGUAGAACAUAGUUUACCGCAACUAUUGACGGUUUCAAAACCCGCUUUAAUGGCGUUAUAGUCAGAAGCAUCGAUUGUGUAAGCUAGCUAGCGUUAGCAGAUAGCAGCUAAUUUCCCGCAUUUGUGGAUCGACAGCCUGGGAUCCUCGCAUUAUGGCCAACAACACUGUAGCCGGGAAUCAGCAACAAGGACAGGCUGUGAACAAGAUUGGCCCUAACCCUGGAAAACAUGGCAACAACUUGCCUCUCUGGGGCAACGAAAAGACUAUGAACUUGAACCCUAUGGUCCUCACCAACGUGCUCUCAUCUCCAUAUUUCAAGGUUCAGCUCUAUGAACUGAAAACCUACCAUGAGGUGGUGGAUGAAAUAUAUUUCAAGGUGACUCAUGUUGAGCCCUGGGAGAAAGGCAGCAGGAAGACUGCUGGACAGACUGGAAUGUGCGGAGGGGUGCGUGGAGUCGGGACGGGCGGCAUUGUGUCCACGGCCUUCUGCCUGUUGUAUAAGCUGUUUACCCUCAAGAUGACCCGCAAGCAGGUGAUGGGACUGAUCACUCACAACGACUCGCCCUACAUCAGAGCACUUGGUUUCAUGUACAUAAGAUACACCCAGCCUCCUGCAGACCUGGUGGACUGGUAUGAUGGUUUCCUGGAUGAUGAGGAGGAGCUGGAUGUGAAGGCCGGAGGCGGCUGCGUUAUGACCAUCGGAGAGAUGGUCCGGUCGUUCCUCACCAAGCUGGAGUGGUUCUCCACACUCUUCCCACGCAUCCCGGUGCCUGUGCAGAAGAUGAUUGACACACAGAUGAAGGCAAGGCCCCGGAAGGUUCCCGAGAAGGUGGAGGAGCCGGUAGAACCUGUGCCAGAGGAGGGACGGGCGACAGAAGGGCGUAGACGCUCCCGGAGCCCCAGGAGGUCCCCCAAACGGUCGAGGAGCAGGAGCCACCACCGCGAACGAGAGCGCCACGGCCCAAGCUUCGACCGCGAGCUGGAAAGGGAACGUGACCGCCAGAGGAAGGAGAGGGAGGGUAAGGACGGGGACAGGAGAGGGGACAGAGAGAGGGAAAGAGGAGAGAGAGGGGAGAAAGAGAGGGACAGGGGAGGAGAAAGGGAGAGGAGACGGUCCAGGAGCAGGGAACGCAAGGGAGAGCGGAAAGACAGGGAGAAAGAAAGGGAGGGGGGCGGGGAGAACGACAGAAGCAGGAGGAAAGACAGGGGCAGCGACAGAGGGAGGGAGAGGUCCAAGGACAAGAGGAGCAAGGGAGAGACUGAGGACAGGAGACACAAAGAAGAGCGUGAUGAGAGGAGGGGGCACAGGGAGGAGAGGAAGGCCAAGCGCUCCAGCCGGAGCGGAAGCAGAGAAAGGAGACACAAGGAGAAGUCCAAGAAGAGAGGAGAAGUCCAAGAAGAGAGUGGAAGCAAGAGCAGGGCCGAGGUGGGGGAGAAGGAGAAGAGCAGGAAGAGAGAGCGCAGCCAUGAGAGGGGGGAGGGCGAGCAGCGCUCACACAAACGUAGCCGCAGCAAAGAGCGGAGCCACCGGCCACGAGAGCCCAGCAAUGGGAAAGACCAUGGGAAACACAGAGAGCGCAGGAGGAGCCAGAGCACAGAGAGAGGAGAGAGGACGACACAGAACGCUAGGGCAGAGUCCCCUUAGCUCGUCACAGCUCUUCUCUGCCUUUCUCUCUUCAUUCAUUUGUUUUACUUGAUCGUGUAGUCUGUCACGUAUUAUUAAAAAGAGAAGAAGAAAACAUUAGCACGAGAAACUACCUGGACUUGUCUUUGGCCAACGUAAUGUUACUUUAUGUAGAUCUUUCUAUCUCUCUGCCUUUCUCCUCCCUUUCUAGACCAGCGUUACUUUUCAUUCGAGACAGUUGUAUUAGGGAAAAAAUGCCAUUUUAAGUUUUAUAUGGUUUUGUCUCUGGAAAGUUCCAAAUUGCUUUGUACAUACGGGUCUGAGAAUGUUUUAAAUCCUACAGAGCAACCUCCGAAGGUGAAUUUGUACCAUGCACUGAGCCGUACUGAUAUUGUGCUGUGUUUGGUUAAGUGCUCUGUUGCAUUUUGUUUUCUAAUAAAACUACUUUUACAAAAGGA